AACUUCUCUCUGUUAACCAUUCAGCCACCCAUUACCAUUCCAACCUCUCUCUCUCUCUCUCUCUCCCUCUCUUGCUUGCACGCACCUCUUUCCUCGCGUAUUUCCUGGAUUACUGCCAAGGGAAAAGCCCAGUUUCGGAUUUUGCAAAACCACUUUCUGGCUGCUUGCUUAAUUGAUCUGCAUUUCCUGCAAGUGACGAAAAAGAGAUGGCCAAGAAUGUGGGGAUCCUCGCCAUGGAAAUUUACUUUCCUCCCACUUGCAUCCAGCAGGAAGUGCUGGAGGUCCAUGAUGGAGCAAGCAAAGGGAAGUACACAAUUGGGCUUGGACAAGAUUGCAUGGCAUUUUGUGCUGAGGUUGAAGAUGUCAUUUCCAUGAGUAUGACAGCUGUCACUUCCCUCCUUGAAAAGUAUGGGGUCGAUCCGAAGCAGAUUGGGCGUCUUGAAGUUGGAAGUGAGACUGUACUUGAUAAGAGCAAAUCCAUUAAGACAUUUCUGAUGCCAAUCUUUGAGAAAUGUGGAAAUACCGACAUAGAAGGUGUCGACUCAACCAAUGCGUGCUAUGGGGGUACUGCUGCACUAUUUAACUGUGUCAAUUGGGUGGAGAGUAGUUCAUGGGAUGGACGAUACGGGCUUGUUGUCUGCACAGACAGUGCGGUCUAUGCUGAGGGACCAGCUAGGCCAACUGGUGGGGCUGCAGCUAUUGCCAUGCUAAUAGGACCAAAUGCUCCUAUUGUUUUCGAAAGCAAGCUUAGAGGGAGCCACAUGGCCCAUGUUUAUGAUUUUUACAAGCCCGACCUUGCCAGUGAAUAUCCGGUUGUUGAUGGCAAGCUUUCUCAAACUUGUUACCUCAUGGCACUCGAUUCUUGUUACAAAAGCUUCUGCGCAAAGUAUGAGAAGCUAGAGGGCAAGCAGUUCUCAGUCGCUGAUGCUGACUACUUCGUAUUUCAUUCUCCCUAUAACAAGCUUGUACAGAAGAGCUUCGCCAGAUUGUUGUUCAACGACUUUACGAGGAGUGCCAGCUCCAUUGAUGAGGCUGCUAAAGAGAAGCUUGCACCAUUUUCAUCAUUAAGCAAUGAGGAAAGCUACCAAAGUCGUGAUCUUGAGAAGGCAUCCCAACAAGUUGCGAAGCCAUUAUAUGAUGCCAAAGUCCAGCCAUCUACACUUAUCCCGAAACAAGUUGGAAACAUGUAUACUGCAUCACUCUAUGCUGCAUUUGCAUCCCUCCUCCACAAUAAAAAUAUAACUCUGGCUGGGCAGAGGGUGAUACUGUUUUCCUACGGCAGUGGCCUGACAGCCACCAUGUUUUCUCUCCGUUUCAACGAGGGGCAACAUCCUUUUAGCCUGUCUAAUAUUGCAACCAUAAUGAAUGUUUCAGAGAAGUUGAAAUCUAGGCAUGAGUUCCCACCAGAAAAAUUCGUCGAAACGAUGCAGCUAAUGGAGCACAGAUAUGGAGGCAAGGGUUUCGUAACGAGCAAGGACUGCAGUCUUCUCGCACCGGGCACGUACUACCUCACCGAAGUCGAUUCCAAGUACCGAAGAUUCUACGCCAAGAAGGCUAUUGAGAACGGCACCUUGGCUAAUGGCCACUGAAGAUAGUCCGAGGCACACAAUGUGUUGGCAUGGAGUUGGCUGUUUUAGCAGAUAGAAAAAUAACUAUAUUUUCCAUUGUUUGGGUGAUUUGUUUGGGCAGAUGAAAGUGUUAUCUGUAGUUGAUUUGAAUUCUUUUUUCCCUUUUGAUUUAAUAGAUUGUUGUAGAAGACCAGUAUAUCAUGGUUGUACUCAACAUCUUAGUGAAAUCUAUUGUGGAAGUAUUAUAUCUUUGUCUUG